AUGCAAGGCUUCAACAUGGGCCGGUACGUCCCGCCGGACGUCGAAGGCACCAUAACCAGCGGCAACAAACUCCACAAGAAGCACGCCCUCGGCGCGCGCGCCUCUAAGCUCUCCUCCCACGGCGCCCUGACCGUGCGCUUCGAGAUGCCCUUCGCCAUCUGGUGCGCCACCUGUCCCAAACCGACCAUCAUAGGCCAGGGGGUACGAUUCAACGCCUCGAAAACCCGGACCGGGUCCUACCACUCCACGCCCAUCUACAGCUUCCGCAUGCGCCACCCGGCCUGCGGCGGCGAUAUCGAGAUCCGCACCGAUCCGGCUAAUACGGCGUAUGUGGUUACAGAGGGGGCGCGGAAGCGCGACACGGGUGAGGGGAAGUCGGAUCGAGUGGUGUUGCCGGGCGGGUACGAGGUGCAGGCCGACGAGCUCGCGGAGGGCGGGGUGAAAGUCCUCACGGAGAAAGAAAGAGAAGCCGCGCGCGGCUCGGCGUUUGCGCGUCUGGAGAAGACGAUUAAGGACCGCGAGCAGGCAAAAGGGGCGCGUCAGCGCAUCGACGAGCUCGCGGACGAGAGCGCGCGCUUGUGGGAGGACCCCUACGCGCAGAACCGGCGGUUACGGGACGCGUUCCGCGUGGGGCGCAAGACGCGCGAGGGCGAGGCCGAGACGACCGAGGAGUUGCGCUACCGGAUGAGUUUGGGGAUCGAGCUUGUGCCCGGUACCGCGGAGGAUGCGCAAAGGGCGGCGCUGGUGGAUUUUGGACCCGGUGAGGGCGCGGAGGGGAGUUGGGGCGCUGAGGCGCUUGCGAAGCCGUUGUUUGGGGCUUUGGGAAAGGAAGAGAAAGGGAAAGAGAAAGAGAUGGCGAAAGCAAACGGGCAGAAGAAGACGACCUCGACGUCCUCGAAGGAGAAACACGGCAAGAAGAGGCUGAAGUCUGAAAUCGCCGCCUCCCAAAUGCGCGAGAGUCUUGUCUUCGAGAUCGUCACCAAUACGCGGGUCGCGCAGGAUCCGUUCCUGUCGUCAGAUCAUCGAAAGGGGGAUACUGGAGUGAACAUGACGAGGAUACCGGGUAUCAAGAGGAAGAGACGAGAAAUAGAGGAGGAGGCGUCGGUAAUAAAGGGGCCGGGUCCUGCGGAGGAAGAAUGGGGUAAAGGGGCGGUAGCCUCAGCGGCGUUGGUCGAGUACGACUCGGAUUGA